GUUAACUUCUAUUCAACUAAUUCAAUACUAGUACAUAACAGUUGCCAAAACAAACGGAAACUGAGCUUAUUGCUAUAGUGACCGGAUAAGUAAACAAAUUCACUUCAAGAGUAAAAGUGAACACAGUUUACUGCGCACUCGCUACUCGACAACGGAACCCCGAACAGCAUUGACAGACCCAGAACUUGAAAUCAUCGCCAUGAACUGUAUCCAGAAGAUGGUUGUUAUGCUGUUUGUUGUGGCAACAGCGUAUGAGUUAGCAGCAACUUUCGAUUGUUAUUCAUGUACAACAACUGACGAUGAUUGUCUUGAGCCAGGUGAUAAUACACCAACGUCAAAUUGUACUGAUCAUUGUUUGACCACCCUCACAUAUUUUGACUAUGACAUCACGGCCAUUAUCCGCUCAUGUUCCCCGGUAUGCGUAGAAGCCGACCUCAUCUUACUUGGAGCCGGAGGGAAGACAACAUGCUGUGAAACAGAUUUAUGCAACAGUGACACUGGAGCUGGCCACCGUGACGGCGUCGUCUCACUCGUGGCUAUAAUAACAUCAGUCGCUUUUGCCGUAUUGUCUGUUUAAUAUGGAGAAAGAGAGGGAGUUUACA